AUGAUCUUCAUCACCCACGUCAAUCAGUACAAGGGUGAGAUUAUCGAACAUUACGUGUUCCUCUCUGAGGGUGUACAUACAGCUGAGUUAGAGUUGAAAAUACGGCAACAAACGGAACGUGAUGAGCGACGGUUACGGCUGAUGCGUCAAGAACAGGACCGAGUGAACAGCGAAAUAGCUGCUCUUGAUCGAAGAUCGGUAACUGGCACGAUAACUGGUAACGGUGAUCUACGUCGGGACACUCUUACAACUCUUGCCGAAGAUCACGCACAACUGUCAAAUGUAGAGGAGGAAGAGGAGCACAAGCCUGAGUCUAGGCCAAAAACGCCGUCAUCUCAUUCGCCAUCCGUGUCCGAUACGCAAUCUCCGGCUGCUGAUUCACCUCAUCCUUCUGUAUCUCAUAUGUCUUCCGAUGUCUUCGGACCAUCUCCUGCGCCUUUACCUCAUCCGUUGCCAAAGCCUGCUCGUAAUCAAGUCGCACCUCUGAACGGUGAUUUACAGCCUAUGCCAGCUCCCCGGAAACCUUGA